ACCCAUACUGGAGAAAAGUCCUAUCAAUGCUCACAGUGUGACAAACAGUUUAGUAAGCAUGCCAACCUGGUGAAACACAAGAGGACACACACAGGAGAGAAACCAUAUGAGUGUCCCGAUUGUGGGAAAAAUUUCCGUCACAACUCUAACCUGGUGAUACACCAGAGGACUCACACUGGGGAGAAACCAUAUGAGUGUCCAGACUGUGGGAAAAGUUUCAGUCGGAACUCUAACCUGGUGAUACACCAGAGGACUCACACUGGGGAGAAACCGUAUGAGUGUUCAGAUUGUGGGAAAAGUUUUAAUAAUAAUUCUAACCUUGUGAAACAUCAGAGGACUCAUACAGGAGAGAAACCAUAUGUGUGUUCAGUUUGUGGCAAAUGUUUCAGUCAGAACUCUUACCUGGUGAUACACCAGAGAAGUCACACAGGAGAGAAACCAUAUGAGUGUUUGGAUUGUGGAAAAAGUUUUAAUAACAAUUCUAACCUUUUGAAACACCAGAGGACUCACACAGGAGAGAAACCAUAUGAGUGUCCAGAUUGUGGCAAAAGUUUCCAGCAGAAUUCUAACCUUGUAAAACACCAGAGGAUUCACACAGGAGAGAAACCAUAUGAGUGUUCAGAUUGUGGGAAAUGUUUCAGUCAAAACUAUUACCUGGUGAUACACCAGAGGACUCACACAGGGGAGAAACCAUAUGAGUGUUCUGAUUGUGGGAAAAGUUUCAAUCAUAAUUGUAACCUUGUGCAACACCAAAAUACUCACACAGGAGAGAAACCAUAUGAAUGCCCAGUUUGUGGGAAAAGUUUCAAUAAUAAUUCUAGCCUUGUGAAACACCAGAGGACGCAUACAGGAGAGAAACCAUUUGAGUGUCUAUACUGUGGAAAAAGUUUCCAGCAGAAUUCCAAUCUGAUCAUACACCAGAGGACUCACACCGGAGAGAAACCAUAUGAGUGUCCACAAUGUGGGAAAGCUUUCAGUUGGAAUUCUGACCUGGUGAUACACCAGAGGAUUCACACCGGGGAGAAACCAUAUGAGUGUCCAGAUUGUGGGAAAAGUUUCAAUAAUAAUUCUAACCUUGUGAAACACCAGAGAACUCAUACAGGAAAGAAACCAUAUGAAUGUUCAGUUUGUGGGAGAAGUUUCAAUCAUAAUUGUAACCUUGUGCAACACCAAAGAACUCACACAGGAGAGAAACCAUAUGAGUGUCUAUACUGUGGGAAAAGUUUCAGUCAGAAUUCUUCCCUGGUGAUCCACCAUAGGAUACACACGGGGGAGAAACCAUAUGAGUGUCUGGAUUGUGGGAAAAGUUUCAGUCAGAAUUCCAAACUCGUCAUACACCAGAGGACUCACACAAAACAGAAGCUGUAUGAGUGUCCAGACUGUGGAAAAUGUUUUAGUCGUAAUUCUGCCCUAGUGAUGCACAUGAGGACUCACACAGGAGAGAAACCCUAUGAGUGUCCAAAUUGUGGGAAAGUUUUUAGUUGCAAUUCUGAUCUGGUGAGACACCAGAGGAUUCACAUAGGAUGAGUGCUUAGAUUGUGGGAAAAGUUUUAGUUGGAAUUCCAACCUGGUGGAAUAAUAGGGAACUGACACAGAAGAGGAGCCCUUUGAAUGUCCCAAUUGUCAGAAAGCUUUCACAAAUAGGUCUAAUCUAAUAAAUCAUGUCAGUUUACACACAGAUCAGAAGCCAUUUAGAUGCCCAAACUGUGGUCAGUGUUUCAAUGACUACUAUUGUUAAAGAGAAGAGGACUCAUACAGGAGAAAGGCCAUCAGUUUUCUGGUUGGAAGGAAAGCUUGAUGGGAUCAAAGAUAACUUUCAAGAGUUCACAAGGAUAUACAAUGCUUGUUUUCAGCUUCCUAGAUUAUUUUCAGCCAGUUAGCUACAUUUAUUUAGACACUAGAGACUCAACCAGAAGAAAUUCUCAGACACAAGAGGAUUUGCUUUUAAAAAUCAGUGAAUCAGUAAAUGAGAAUUAGGAUUUCAACAAGAAUUUUCUGAAACUAUAGUAAGAAACUAAAUAUAACUCUGUAUAAUAAGAAUAUUCCUAGGGCAUAAAAACCAUUCUUAUUGUAUCUGAUUUGACUUAUUACAGAAAGAUAGGAGUCCAUGGGGGCAUUG